GUAAACACGGUGACGUCAUGGUUCUGCCAGAAGGAUGGCACCGCAGCAACACGCACCAGAAACUAGACAGCUAAAUCUACCGAAGCAAAACAUCAUAAUAUAGUUGUCUACUGUGCACCAUAUAUUAUUUUGAUGAUCAUUGAUAAAAUGUUGGUGAUAGAUUUUAUAUACAUGGUAGUUACUUUUUAAACGUUAGAUAAACAACUAAUUUGUAGCGUUUGUGACAGCAUCAGCUAGACCUGGGAUUUCGGCAGAACAUAUAACCUGAACCAUCGCGACAAAAGUGCGGGAUUUUGUGCGUUUUCGCGGCAGAUCACGCCCUGUGGAAUGUACUGUGAGUGAGGGAGAUGUUUGCCCGUUCGUAGGAUGCCUGGAUGCGCGCCUGUGUCCCCGUUUGCCGCGGAUGUACGGCCUGUUUGCCAGGCCUGCUGGUUCCUGUCCGAGGCGCGAUCCCUCCAUGUUUGUUUCCACUGAUCGGAACCCGCCAGACUUCCUAGCGACUGUUCCCGGCCAGAGCUGCCAUCUUGCCUCCCCGUGCAUGUCCGGGCCCUGUCGUACCGCCUGUGUGUGUGUGGGACCCGACCUGCGCACGACUGUGCCCCGAUUGUCGCACAACAACCCUCCACUGUGACCCAGGACUCACUACUGUGGACAUUACCUGCCAUAUUUGCUCUUCUGUCAGGUCUGUGCAGGUCUGAAGAUUGAUGAGUGACACAACAGACGGACAUCACCAUGGAUGAAAAAGAGGCUUUGAACUCCAUCAAGAAUGACCUGGCUGCAGGCAUGAAGCAGUCGGCGUGGCACAAGUCACAUUCCAGCGCCAAAUCCUCCUCACAGACAGACGUCAGGGUCAAGUUCGAGUUCCAGGGCGAGAAAAGAAUUAUCCAGGUCCCCCGACCAGUCAACUUCCAGGACUUGCAGAGUAAAGUGAAGACGGCAUACGGGCAGCUACUCACCAUGUUCUACACUAACACUGAGAUUUCCAUUCCGAUCCUGAACCAGUCUGACCUUGAGAAGGCGAUCAUCCUGCUGGACCACAACCCCCACAUGAAGAGCCUGCGCAUCUACCUAUGCAAGGAGAACCCCACGCCUCCGGGGUCACCGCAAGGGCCGCCCCACGGGCCGCUACGGGACCUCUUCCACCCACCCACAAGUGAGGACACCUGCAGCAUUCCUGAGGACACGGCGUCUGAAGUGUCGGUGUCGACGCGGGAAGACACGUCGGAGGCGGCUUCAGUGGGAGACACCGGCAGCACGUCGGCUAAGGAGGACGUGAAGGAGGCCGUUUCAGACACUUCGUCUGUGAAGGAGCACAACUCCGACACUUCCUCCGUUAAGGAAGACACCAGCAUUCCUGACGACUCAGCAAAAGAGGCCAUAUCGGACACGUCUUCAGUCCCGCCCCAGGAAGACAUUGAGGAGUGCAUUAAGGAGGCCGGUUCCGAGGCCGAAGCCUUGGAGGAACCUGCGGAGGAGGGGGAGGAAGCCUGUGUUGUGUGUGUGUACAGAUGCUGUAACCUGUGUGUGCGUAGAUACAGAUGCUGUAACCUGUUUUUGUACUUAAUGUUGUGCUGUUUUCUCCUGCCUCUGGCCUGUUCUGCUACACUCCUGUCCGGGUUUGUAGGCCCGCGUUCGUGGGUCUCAGAACACGAGCUGGCGCACGUGGAGAGAGCAGGGAAAGGCGGAACGUACCCCAGAAGAUCCACCAUCAUGACCAACCCACAUCACGACUACAGCGACGGGCGGAAAACGUUCCCGAGAACGAGAAGACCGCAGCCCAGCCCGACCUUGAGAAGACCCGUGGGGACGUUCAGUCCAAGGUCGGGUUCCGAGCGGUCGCUUAGCAACAGCAGCAGCAGCAGCGGUCUGGUGACGGACUCGGAGAGACGAGACAGCGACUACGACCUGGCCGUCCUGAGUCUGCAGGACCUCAACCCGCCCCCAGAGCGCCCCACCAACUGGAGACAAGGCAAGCUGCUCGGCCAGGGCGCCUUCGGGCAGGUCUAUCUGUGCUACGACGCCGACACGGGCCGAGAACUCGCGCUGAAACAGGUCCACCUCGACCCCAAAAAUGUGGAAGCCUCAAAGGAAGUGAAGGCUCUGGAGUGCGAGAUUCAGCUGUUGAAGAACCUUCAGCACGAGAGGAUAGUUCAGUAUUACGGCUGCAUCCAGGACGAAAACAGACUCUGCAUCUUCAUGGAGUACAUGCCGGGGGGUUCUGUGAAAGACCAGAUCCGCCAGUACGGAGCGCUAACUGAGAACGUCACACGGAAAUACACGCGGCAGAUUCUGGAGGGAAUUCUCUAUCUGCAUAGCAACAUGAUCGUCCACAGGGACAUUAAAGGUGCAAAUAUAUUGAGGGACUCCUCAGGAAACGUGAAGCUGGGAGAUUUCGGGGCGUCGAAGCGGAUCCAGACGAUCUGCAGCGCCACCGGAAUGCGCACGGUCACCGGGACGCCAUAUUGGAUGAGUCCAGAGGUCAUCAAUGGGGAAGGUUACGGCAGAAAAGCUGAUAUAUGGAGUAUAGGUUGUACAGUUGUUGAAAUGUUGACGGAGAAGCCCCCUUGGUUCGACUACGAGCCGAUGGCAGCCAUCUUCAAAAUUGCGACGCAGCCGACGAUUCCGAAGCUUCCGGCGGGCGUGUCGGACUGCGCACACGACUUUCUCAGGAUCAUUUUCCAGAAAGACCACAGACAAAGGGCGUCGGCCCAGGAACUCUUAGAGCACUCCUUCGUCUUCAACUACUGACCUGUGUAUGUGUGCUGGGGCUGUCAUGUGGCUGUCAUGUGGCUGUCAUGUGAUGCCCAUAUGUAUGGCUGUCAUGUGCUGCCCAUGUGACUGUCAUGUGGCUGUCAUGUGAUGCCCAUGUGGCUGUCAUGUGGCUGUCAUGUGGCUGUCAUGUGAUGCCCAUGUGGCUGUCAUGUGGCUGUCAUGUAAUGCCCAUGUGGCUGUCAUGUGAUGCCCAUGUGGCUGCCAUGUGAUGCCCAUGUGGCUGUCAUGUGGCUGUCAUGUGAUGCCCAUGUGGCUGUCAUGUGGCUGUCAUGUGACUGUCAUGUGAUGCCCAUGUGGCUGUCAUGUGGCUGUCAUGUGACUGUCAUGUGGCUGUCAUGCGAUGCCCAUGUGGCUGUCAUGUGGCUGUCAUGUGAUGCGCAUGUGGCUGUCAUGUGGCUGUCAUGUGAUGCCCAUGUGGCUGUCAUGUGGCUGUCAUGUGAUGCCCAUGUGGCUGUCAUGUGGCUGUCAUGUGAUGCCCAUGUGGCUGUCAUGUGGCUGUCAUGUGGCUGUCAUGUGAUGCCCAUGUGGCUGUCAUGUGGCUGCCAUGUGAUGCCCAUGUGGCUGUCAUGUGAUGCCCAUGUGGCUGCCAUGUGAUGCCCAUGUGACUGUCGUAAUGAUCCAAUGUGACUGGCCUUUGCUACCCAUGUGACUGGUCAUGUGCUGCCCAUGUGACUGUCAUGUGAUGUCCACAUGGGCAAGUCUAGUUCUGUUCCAUAGCAGCUACCAUAGCUUCUGCCUGUGGAACAGAACUCAGAACACACAAGAAUAGAGCAGCCAGUAUCCAAGAUGAGACCAAAUUGUCUGUUGCGAUAGUUUUUCUAGAUCAGGGGCCAUGCACUUCUAACAGCAAAUUAGUAUUUGUUCUGUGCUCAGUUGGCCCCAAAGAAGUGAAUUCCCAGUACAUGAUUCUUUGGACUACCUGUAUAUUUAUUUGAGCAUUUCAUUGCCAUACAGAGGUUUUUAAUCAAAGCGAAUAUGUUGGUUUUAUGAGAGUAAAUUAUUGAUAAUACUUCCAUCCUGUGGCCCUUGAGAGUUUGUAAAUGUUGUAAGAGGAAGGAAGAGGUCACCCUUAUUCUGUCUGGCUUGGCACAGCGAAAAUCAACCAAGUCUGAAACAUGUUCUUCAGAACUGUUUUUCUUUGGCAUUCAGUGAAUUGAAAUGUGCUGAUUCUAGGGGUCAAUGUUAUUUAAAAAUUACAUGUUUAUGGGUUUCAAGGUCGCCCCCCUCCCCCUGCUGGUGUAGCAGUUCUGUCUGUUUGGUACAGACAAGGUCAGGCUGAAGGUCGCCCCCCUCCCCCCUGCUGGUGUAGCUCUGUAUGUUUGGUACAGACAAGGUCAGGCUGAAGGUCGCCCCCCCUCCCCCAGGUCUGAAUGCCUGUAGGGACUGAUACAAGUUGCUGCUGGGAGGGGGGCCAGUUGUUGUGAGUUGUGUGGUAAGAAUGGUUUUGAAAGGUUCAUGAAAUCAAGAAAAAGGCAGUAAAGUUUCCCCCCAUAUCUCAUUGGAACGACCCAUGGAGUUUGACAGUCUUUUCAGGGAAUGCUGGGAAUGUUUGUCUAUAGAGAGAGUAUUUAUGAAAUGUUAUUUAAUUGGGUGCCACAGAAUCUAAACAGCAAAAGGCCUGGAAAACUAGGAGGGCUUCAGGACUAACUGGAACUGAUUUAGCCAUUUUUGUAAGAUAUUGCUUCAGAUUUGUACCCUCAGUUGUGUAUAGGAUGUAUUAUACUUCAUUCCCAAGGUCGUCUGUAGGGUAAGUGUUCUAGUGUAAGGUCAAGUGCAAUGUCCCUCUUGGCUGUGUCUGUUAGAGACAUGGUCUGUGAUUGGCUGUCAGGCUGAUACGUGGCCCGUGAUUGGCUGUGUCUGGCUGAUACGUGGCCUGUGAUUGGCUGUGUCUGGCUGAUACGUGGCCUGUGAUUGGCUGUGUCUGGCUGAUACGUGGCCUGUGAUUGGCUGUGUCGGGCUGAUACGUGGCUCUGAUUGGCUGUGCUGAGCAAGCCAUAGCCUCUGAUACAGUAAGGCAGAAGGUGUCCCAUACAUGUGUGUUGGAGGGGGGGGGGCAGACUGUGUAUAAUAGUGUUGUGUAAAAUAAGAAACUGAUUUGUGGGUGCCACAAAAGAAGUCUGAACCACGUUUUGGCUCAUCAGAUCAAAAUCUGCAGAAAGAAUGUCCUCUACGAUGUUUUGUUCUUGACCAUGCAAAUUACUAGUUGACUCCGUUCGCACAUUUGAUGACUCUAUAGCUGGAAAUUCGAACGUUGCAGGAAAGCAGCCCUUCUGUGCCAUUGGCUUCAGCAGCAGAGGUCCUCUUCCAAACCUUAUGCCAAAUCCCGGUGGUGUAACCUGAUCUGGUGUAACCCGAUCUGCGACAGCUUAGAGCCGGGAAAAGCUGUCAGUAUUUAAUCCUCUCCUCUUGUACAGAUCCGACCGUAGUUUCAGGCUAGAUGUUUCCGCUGACUCACAGUUUGUACCUUGGACGUGAACUUGGUUCUAGCAGUGGCAGCUGCAGAGGUUUUCAGACAGCAAAAGUCAGGCUCCACUUUGGAACAUGCUUUUCCUGUUCAUUCCAAACUACUCACAUCAGUGUUACCACACAGAAACUGUCUAACCAGUUGUAUUUUGGCAUGUGUACAGCAGGAUGCCAAAAUUGUGCUUUUGGCUUCUGCACCCAAACCGUGAAAUAUCCAGACUUGCUUUCCAGACACAAAGACGUCAAAAUCUGCUCAGGUUGACGCGGAGAAGGUUUUAUUUUUCAGGUUCUGCAGGGAAAUCUGCAUCAGGGUUGGAAAUACCCACUCUUGCCGCACAAGUCAUGUUUUCUGUGCAAGACUUCUGGGAGAUCCAAAAGUAACCUUUUUAAUGUUCCCAGCAGCUGGCUGAAGGCUUGGGAAGUUAACUCGUCGCCCCCCCCCCCUCGGCCAUCGUGUCAGUCUUGAAAGCCGCCUGUUGUCUGAAAACCUCUGCACUGCUGAUAUAUUUAUCUUCCACACCGAUGAUUUUGACUCCAUUUUGUUCCCAAUAUCAGAGAAGAUCCAAGAGAAGAAGUCAGCAAUGGAACAUUGUGAAACAUAAAUGUUUAGAUGAGAGAUCUGUGCACAGUUUUAUUUGUGAUGUUACAUACAUUAUACUAUACCUGCAUAAAUAUGUAAAUAUUGGCAUUUAUAUGGAAGAUGCAGCAAAUGAUAGCAAAUUGCGGGGCCUUUAUUUGUCUGAAAAUCGGUAUGUAGGAAAUGAUCUUUGUGCAAGUCCUCUUGUGUCUCCUGUGUAAUGUUGAAAGUACUUUUUAUGGCUCUUCUUGUGAAAUGAUCUGGACAGCUAUCAGAACUACAUGCAGAAUUAUGUAAGUAUCGACAAACUAGAUAGUCAGGCUGGCUGGAGCCACACCACUGGGCUGUCAUCCCUACAGUACCUGGGGACCUUACCUGUGUACCUGAAGUUACCUGUGGACCUUACCUGUAUACCUUACCUUACCUGUGUACCUUACCUGUGUACCUUACCUUACCUGUGUACCUUACCUGUAUACCUUACCUGUAUACCUUACCUUACCUGUACACCUUACCAGUAUAUCUUCCUGUAUACCCUGUCUUUGCCUGUACGUCCAAUCGCACAUACAUGUAUACCUUACCUGUAUACCUUAACUUACCUGUAUACCUUACCUGUGUACCCUAAUCAAUAUACUUAAUCUACAUACUUCACUUUUAUAUUGUACCUGUAUACCUGACCAGUAUUCUUUGUGUAUAUUUUCCUGUAUACCGUACCUGAAUACCUUACCUUACCCAGUUUGUUCUCAAAGAAGGACAUACAGUGUUCGUUGUACAUGGUUUGGUGGGAUAAUAUAAUGACGUGAGGAUGUGGAAGGGGAAUUGAGAAACGUGGUUGGAUUGGUGUUGGGCUCUGGUAGGGUUUACGCACAGCUGUGUGGCUCCAUGCACUCCUGUAGAAUUGUUAUAUUCUAAGGAUGUUAGAAAAACAUAGUCCAAAUGAACAUCACUUUUGUACAACUUGCAUAAUAAAAAUGGCCACAUUAAGAA